AUUUAAUCUGAUUGGGCAAGAACAUGGUUAUGUAUUUAAACUCUCCUUCACGUAAAUCACAAAUAUUAUAAUCAAAACACGUCCUUAAUUAAGAAUGAUUACUAUAACAAUAGUGAGACAUGGAGAAAGUAUUGGAAAUGUUCAACAACGUUGGCAAGGACAUACUAAUAGUCCAUUAACAAAUUUUGGUGCUCAGCAAGCUGAACAAGCUGGAGAAGCAUUAAAACAUGAAAGGUUUACAUCUGUAAUAACGAGUGAUUUAAUAAGAACAAUAUCUACCGCUGAAUUAAUCUUAUCACGAAAUAUUAAUUUCAGCACAAAUCCGAUAGAAUUAUAUUCAGAGAUUCGUUUAAGGGAACAACAUUUCGGUUAUUUUGAGGAUAAAUCAAACACUUUACCAGUAAAAUAUGCCUUAACACCUCCAGAUCGGCGUUUAAUUAAAUUUGUUGGCGAAGGAGCGGAAUCAUUAGAGGAUGUUUUCAAUAGAGCCAUGUCAUUUUUAUCGGAUUUAUUAUCAUAUUACCAGCAACAACAAAAAAUCAAUUCUCAGCAAAAAGAUUUCUCUUUUCACCAAGGGCAUCCACAUAUAUUAAUUGUAUCACAUUCAAUUUUUAUCAAUGAAAUCUUAAAUGCUUUAUUGAUACAUAAAACAAUUUUACGUAAUCAACAACAAUGGCAAUUUAUUCCUUUACAUAAUACUUCUAUAUUUACGAUAAAAAUUCACACAUUUGAUGAUCAUGAACAAGAACCUUUACAUGUGGAAAUAAUUAGAAAUAAUUAUAUUGAACAUCUUCGUGGAUUAGUUAGACAACAAGGUGGUAUUGGUAGUGCCAUUUACGAUCCUAAACAAAAAAAAAUAUCUUCUUUUUUUCAAAAGAAACAACAAUCAUCUAUAAGAAAUGACUCUCAGAAUGAAGGCUUGGGAGAUCCUAUGGAUGAAGAUUAAAUAAUUUCUUUCUUAGCUUUUCACUUUUAAUAAAUCAUCUUUUCUGUUAAUAAACUCGGUUGUGUUACCAUGUGAUUAUAAAUUGCAAUUAGUUUACUGCGGCAAAG